AUGGGCUUAGAUCUCGAUGCGUGUAUCUCUCAGUUACUUCAAAAGCAACUACUCGCAGAAUCUCUGCUUAAAGAAAUUUGUGAGAAAACCAAAGAACUAUUAAUGCUUGAAAGUAAUGUAGUUCACAUUUCAGCUCCUGUAACCGUUGUUGGUGACAUUCAUGG